UGAUUCGUGCCGGGGCCAGGGUAGCUGCGCCUUUCUCUGAUUCGGAUUUGCUUUUGAUCUUUGACUUGAGUCGAAUCUGAACGUUUUCAGGCAUAGCGUUUCGUUUCGUUAACACGUAAUGUCGACAGCCUAUUUAGCUCAAAUGACACCGCCAUCCCUUGAUUUUCGGGAGUGCGCUACUGUAGCGCUUCGCCGGGCUCCUCAUUAAAUUUUCAGGACAUUAGAUCUAACGGAAAAGGGACCUGUUGGAGCUCACAACAAAUGUUGCACUUGUCAUCUAGAGCGUACUGAACAAUUUCAGAGAUGGGUAACAUUAUGUCAGCAUCAGCACCGUGUUGCGAGUGGGGGUGUGCGCCGUGCGCAAUGGCUCUGCAGCGAAGGAUAGAACUACCCCCCCUGUAGUGGUGGGAGGCGCACAUGCGUUGGGAAUCUCUCGUUGACAAGUACUAGGGUAUUUCGACGCUGUGGUGUUGUAGUAGUGUGGAUAUGGGGACCAUGUAGGUUCUAUGCAACUGGACAAAGGUGCCUGAUUGAAGAGAGAGCUUGCAAAGUAGCCGUGUAGGUCUAUCAAUCAACAUGACACAUUCUCUACCAGCAUUGAGUUUUUAUUUAUGGAACUUUAUCACAACACUUGUGCUAUGUGUGAACACAAGGGAUAUUCCAAGACUGAAACUGCGGCAGGAUGGAGAUAAUGACCGUCUUCCAUACCAGAGAAAUUUAAGCCACACCGUCUUCUUUUAUCAAGCCAAUUCUGACUGUCUGUUCGUUGGUGGAGCAAACUUUGUGCUUCAGGUUGACUUGAAAAAUUGCAGUGUUUUAGAGAACUACACGCUCUCGACAGGUGACGAACAGUCCUGCAGUGAGGGUCGAUGUGAAAAUGUAAUCACAACAAUUGAAGAUUUCCAAAACGAUGGAUUAUUUGUGUGUGGAACUAACGGAGAGAAGCAACCAUGCUGGAGAGUGUUCCCCAAAGACAGUAGCCAGCCGAGUCAGGUGGUGGAGAGCUACGAGGGAAGAGGAAUCGCCCCUUACACCUUUACCCAGAACUCCCUCUCCCUGUCUGUGGAUGGAGACCUGUAUUCUGCCGCUCCCUUAUACAAAGAUGGCAGCUCCCUGCAGUUCAGGAGGACAGCGGGCAAGCGCACUAACGUCUGGAUGUAUGACAGAUGGGUCACAGACCCCACCUUCAUCUCCGCCUUCUCCAUCCCCCUGGAGGACGACCCUGACGAUGAAAAGAUUUACGUCUUCUUCCGCGAGAAGAACUCCGAUAGCAGUCCCGAGGCCGACCCCUGGAUAUCCAGAGUGGCCCGGGUGUGCAAGGUGGACGAGGGUGGAUCCAAGAGGUUUUUCCAGAACAUUUGGACCUCGUUUCUGAAGGCUCGGCUUGUGUGCGGCAUCCCGAGCGAGUCGCUUUACUUCAACCGUCUCCAGGACAUCCACUUCCAGCCUCAUGCCGACUGGAGGAAGUCCCGGGUGUACGCGCUGUUCUCCAGUAGCUGGAACUCGACAGCUGUCUGUGUCUACUCCAUGGAGGAAAUUGACAAAGUCUUUGAGAGUUCUGACUUCAAAGGCUAUGAUGAGCCCAUCCCCGACCCCAGGCCAGGAACGUGUACUAGGAACAGCAGGAACAUCCCCAUUGGUACCAUCACCGUCAUCAAGGAGCACUCUGAGAUGACAGACUGGAUUCGACCAAUCAAAUGGCAGGCUCCAUUCUAUGUCAGCAGCAACAACUAUACCAAAAUAGCCGUGGAUCAAGUCGACACCAACAAUGACACAUACAAUGUGUUUCUUCUUGCCACAGAGAGUGGCACCAUUCAUAAGAUCCUGGAGGAUGAGCAGCAGCACUUCAUCAUCUCCGAGACCCAGCUCAACAGCUUCUCAGCCCCCAUCCAGUCCAUGAAGCUGGACACCAAGAGGAGGAAGCUGAUCAUCGGAUAUCCAGGCCAGAUGUCGUAUUUGGACCUGCAGAGAUGCCAGGACUAUAAUAAAUCUUGUGCAGAAUGUGUUCUGGCUCGUGACCCCUACUGCUCGUGGACGCCCAAGGGAUGCACAGCUGAUGUCCCACGGGGCGUUCAGAACAUUGGGACAGGGCAAACGGACGUGUGUCCAAAAACAGGUGGCAGCAGGCACAAGCGUGGCACCCUGAUGUCCUCUCCCGACCUGCUGAAGGUGGUCCACACGGUGCCGCUGGACUUCCCCUUCUACCUGUCCUGCCCCAUCGAUUCCUACCAUGCCACCUACACCUGGACGCGCAACGGCGCGCGAGCCGGCGACUGCCAGCGCUCGGGCUCCGACUGCCUGCACCUGAUCCCGGCCAUGGAGCCGGGCAGCUACGGGGGGUACCAGUGCAUUUCGCAGGAGCGCGACCACACCCGCGUGCUGAAGGAGUACCAGCUGAUGCCGCCGGAGCCGGAGAGGCAGGAGCAGCCCAAACGCAAAUCCUUCCUGGACAAGAUUAAGAUAUUCAAUGGCGCGUCACAGGUGAUGCCACGCCUGGCACAGACUGCAGUGUUGCCGCUCAUGUUGGCACUGGUGUGGUGCUCCUCUGACUGAUGUGCAAGCUUCGUAAGAGCUUAUAUGCCACAGGGAUCUCAAGGGGUCCCGAGAGGGGAAAUCAAGCCCUACCAUUCCCACCCUUUUGGCUCAACCAACUACAGUACACAUGGCCCAUCCAACAGAGCUUACACCCGUACCAUGACCAGGCCCGGGCCCAGGGACCUGCACAGGGGACCAGGAGGACAAACUGAGCCCUUCCAUCCCUGCCCCUUUCCCUGAGGAGCACGACAUACCAGGCAGCGUGCUGUACCACAUACAAUGUCCAGUGGCACCUCACACCCAUAAAGAGUCCCUGAUGAUGAUAGCAAUAUGAUCAUGAAUAUGAUAGCAUAUAGUCAUGUCUCCUAUUAGUUGGCUUUCCUUUUUCCCCUACUUUAGGUUUUAUCCAUCUUUCUCUGGCCUCUUCAUACAGAGGGGGCCUGUCAAUGCUGAAAAAAGUGUAACUGCAUCAUAACAACAUUGCUACGACAUUGCAGAACAGAUUAAGACAUGGCCAUUACCAUAUUUGACCAUUUCAUUACAACUUCAGCUUUGCAUGCAGGGGUUAAAUGUGGGUGACUGUCAGUGUUAUGGAAAGACAGCGGAGGAUGACCUGUUGGUUGAAGUACUGUAGGAUCGAGGUGGGGUAAAGGGGUCAGUUGUCUCGGGCACAGAGAGAGGAGGGGCCCAGAAACGGUUCAACAUUGCAUUGUAUGAAUUGAGAGGGGGGUGGGCCCUUUCAGAUGGUUGUGUCCCGCACCCAGUCAGAGCUGUCAGUGGCCCUGGUAGGAUGGUAUGGCUGAAUAUGAUGUAGAUGUAAUGUGAUGCCCCCUGCGAAGUCGGAGCACCAAGGGAGGUUUGCGUCUAGCUGCACUCCUCACAGUAGCCUACUUCUUUAGUGAGUGACUGUGCCUCAUCGUGGUGUAGGGGUGAACUCAGGGGAGCAUGAGCAACAACAACAUACUUCACCAACCCCCUGAAGCCAAUUGGUGCACGUGAAGUGAAGCCUCUGGGUCCAUCACCCAUUGGUGGAUGAUUACCGUAUUAUGAUAGCAAAGACCGAAGUGAAAAAAAAUCCAUUUCACUGAGGCCCUAUCUGAUACUGUCAGAUAAGAGAAGCAAGAUGCUGAGGCCCUAUGCUUGUCAUGUUCAUCACACUUUAUUUGACAGGACAGUCGAAGAUGUUGGCAGGAAGCGAAUGGGACAGAGAGACAGGGGAGGAUCUGGAAAUGACCCCGGCCGAACUCGAACCGGGGUCCCCGUGGGCUUGGCAUGCAAGCCCAAAUGUGGGGGGCUUAUAGUGUAUAGCAGGCAUCACUUGGAGUCAUGAUGGGCAGGCAGUUUUGAAGCCUCAAGAGUGCAAUAGAAUGUUGAAGCCAGGGGUGUGUGUGUGUGUCUGUGUGUGUCUGUGUGUGUGUGUGUGUGUGUGUGUGUGUGUGUGUGUGUGUGUGUGUGUGUGUGCGUGUGUGUGUGUGUGCAUGCGUGCGUGUAUCUAUCUGUCUGUCUGUCUGUCUGUCUGUCUGUCUGUCUGUCUGUCUGUCUGUCUGUUUGUGUACUCAUUCCAACUAAAGAGUCGUGUUAUUUUGAAGUUAUUCCUGAAUUUAUUCAUUGGUUAUCGCAUGGUUUAGUAGUCUGUUAGUAACACACCAGCGUCUUGUGUGGUUGUGCAAAGCAGGGUUGUCAGUCAGUCUGAAGACACAUUUGUGCAGCAGAGUUGUGCAGAGUUGUGUGUGUGUUAUGCCCCCCCCCCCUCCGCACACACAAUGGAACAGGAUGUGGAAAUUUCAAAACAGGAAGUCCCUCAGUGGAGCGCAGAAGUCCUGUGUUGUGCCUAAAAACUAUUUCUUCUGGGUGGGGCAGAGUUUGAAAAGUAGUCAUUAGCAGGGGACUGCUUCAGCAGUGGCAAUACGAGGGGACAGAGAGAAAGGGAAACUUUUUCUGGGCUUACUUUGUUCUUUUUGAUCUUUCUCAUUUCUCAUUGAUGUGAAUUAUGAAAUAUAAACUGUGUUGUGAACCAAACAUUUAAAUUUGUUAGCAAAUGCUGGUCUUGGUGCAGAUGAUUGCACUCAGCAACUAACCACAUCAUACUUGUCCCCUUUGUUCUCAAAGCAGGAGAGGAGUGAAGUAGUUUGUGGGGGCUGGGGGAAUUUUAAUUAAUGUUUAAUUUCAUUUUUUAUUAUUUAUUGUGUUGUUGACAAUGUUUUCACAUGUUUUCAUUUUGUUUUGCACUUUAAACAGCAAUAAACAUUAUUUUAGAGACAGAAAGGAUGGACAAUAUGUCGAUUACCGAAGUAUGUCGUACUAUUUUUUCUAAUAAAAUGAUUUUUACACUUC